AAACCCUAGAGCCAACGUAAUUGUCUCUUUUAUUCAAGAGAAACUCCAAAGAAAGAAGAAUGAAUUCAUCAACAUCAUGCAGUCCUCCUCAACUACCACUCAUCUGUCUCUCGGACAGAACACUAAAGCCAGGGAGCUCAGCGUGGGUUAAAGUGAGGAGUGAUGUCCGUAAAGCUCUAGAAGAGUACGGUUGUUUCGAAGCCCGAUUUGAUCAACUGUCAAUGGAGCUUCAGGAGUCGGUUUUGGAGGCCAUGGAAGAGCUUUUCGCAUUGCCUACAGAAACAAAACAGAGAAACGUGUGCCCUAAACCUUUCGUUGGAUAUAUGACUCAUAACAAUCUCUCAGAGAGUUUCGGCAUCCACGAUGCUAAUGUUUUGGACAAGGCUCACGACUUUACUCAACAACUCUGGCCUGAUCAGGGUAACAAGGGUAUCGGUAAGAAGAUCCAACUGUUUGCUGAGAAAUUAGCAGAAUUGGAUGUGAUGGUGAGAAGAUUGGUAAUAGAGAGCUAUGGGGUAGAAAAUUACAUUGAUGAACAUUUGAAUUCAACAAAUUACCGUCUGCGACUGAUGAAGUAUAUAGCACCACCUGAUGAUGAUGAUGAUGUUGCUAGUAUUGGUGUUAAGGUUAACAAUCUCAAAAUUGGUCAUGAUGAUGUUAAUGACAGUGCUAAUAUUAAUGUUGGUCUUGAUGCUGAGACCAGUGUUAAUGGUAAAGUUGAUGCUGAAGCUAAUGGUGAUACUACUGCUUGUGCCGUUGGUGGUGUUACUGGGGAUGCUAGAGUUGCUGCCAGUGAUGGUACUAAUGUUGAUGCUUAUAAUGCUAAUGUUGGUGUUGGUGUUGGUGUUGGUGUUGAUGUCAACGCUGGUGUUGCUAAUACUGGUUAUACUAAAAGUGAUGGUGAUGCUGAGGAGGCGAAGUUGGGGUUACCUUGUCAUACUGAUAAAAGCUUUCUGACAGUACUUUACCAGCAUCAUAUUGAAGGUUUGGAGGUGAAGACCAAAGAGGACAAGUGGAUCAGAAUUAAACCAUCCCCUGAUACUCUCGUUGUUAUGGCCGGAGAUUCUCUUUGUGCACUAACGAAUGGUAGGAUCCCUCCUCCGUAUCACCGAGUAAGGGUAACAGAGAAAAAGAAGACAAGAUACGCAGCAGGGUUGUUCACGAUUCCUAAAGCUGGAUAUAUCGUUGAUUCACCAAAAGAACUUGUGGACGAGAAGCAUCCACGAGUCUUCAAACCCUUUGAUUAUAUCGACUUCAUGGGCUUCUAUCUCUCUGAAGCUGGUCGUAGAGCUCAAUCUACUCUCCAUGCUUUUUGUGCCGUCUCUGGCGAAUGAUACCGCUUCAUAAAAAAUGCUUGGUGGUUUCGAUUUUUCAUCAUCAUCAACUAAGUAUAUCAAAAUCCAAUUAAUAUUAUACGAAAUAAGGGUUUUUGACUAGUUGAGUUUAUGUUUGUUUGUAUUAUGUAUAUGUCUUCAGGGAGAUCUAAUUAAUUAGUCUCUCUAUUGUGUGCAAAUUAAUGUACAAUAAUGUGAUAACUAAAUAAUA